CACUGAUGGGUGACACUGAAAGGCAGCUCAGAUGGGCACUGAUAUGUGGCAUUGAUGUGCACUGGUAGGCGCUGAUAUGUGGCAUUGAUGUGCACUGGUAGGCGCUGAUAUGUGGCAUUCAUGUGGCAUUCAUGUGGCACUGAUGGACACUGGCACAUGGCACUGAUGAGCACUGACAUAAGGCACUGAUGGACACUGACAGGUGGCAGUGCUGGGGCUACACUGAUCCUCAGGGCACACUGAUCAUCCGUGCCCUGAUGAUCUCUGUCAGCGUGACAGCUCGAGAGGAUAGAAAUGCCGAUAACUGGCAUUUCCUUGUUUACAUGUGAUCAGCUGUGAUUGGACA